AUGCGAAGAAACAGCUGCGCAGAAACAGCUGCGCAGAAACAGCUGCGCAGAAACAGCGGCGCAGAAACAGCGGCGCAGAAACAGCUGCGCAGGAACAGCUGCGCAGGAACAGCUGCGCAGAAACAGCUGCGCAGAAACAGCUGCGCAGGAACAGCUGCGCAGAAACAGCUGCGCAGAAACAGCUGCGCAGAAACAGCUGCGCAGAAACAGCUACGCAGGAACAGCUGCGCAGGAACAGCUGCGCAGAAACAGCUGCGCAGAAACAGCUGCGCAGAAACAGCUGCGCAGAAACAGCUUCGCAGAAACAGCUGCGCAGGAACAGCUACGCAGAAACAGCUGCGCAGAAACAGCUGCGCAGAAACAGCUGCGCAGAAACAGCUGCGCAGAAACAGCUGCGCAGAAACAGCUGCGCAGAAACAGCUGCGCAGAAACAGCUGCGCAGAGACAGCUGCGCAGAGACAGCUGCGCAGAAACAGCUGCGAAGAAACAGCUGCGCAGAAACAGCUGCGCAGAAACAGCUGCGCAGAAAAAGCUGCGCAGAAACAGCUGCGCAGAAACAGCUGCGCAGAAACAGCUGCGCAGAAACAGCUGCGCAGAAACAGCUGCGCAGAAACAGCUGCGCAGAAACAGCGGCGCAGAAACAGCGGCGCAGAAACACUCUAUAGCCUCCGGUUACAGGAGCGUACCUCCAUGUUCAAUGUUUUUUGGGCAGUUGAACAUGUAAAGUUGAAUCCCGUACGCGCGUGCUGCGCGGAGACGGCUGCGCAGAAGCGGCUGCGCGGAAGCGGCUGCGCGGAAGCGGCUGCGCGGAAACGGCUGCGCGGAAACGGCUGCGCGGAAACGGCUGCGCGAGAACAGCUGCGCGAGAACAGGUGCGCGGGAACAGCUGCGCGGGAACAGCUGCGCAGGAACAGCUGCGCAGGAACAGCUGCGCAGGAACAGCUGCGCAGGAACAGGUGCGCAAAAACAGGUGCGCAGGAACAGGUGCGCAGGAACAGCUGCGCAGGAACAGCUGCGCAGAAACAGCUGCGCAGAAACAGCUGCGCAGAAACAGCUUCGCAGAAACGGCUGCGCUGGAACGGCUGCGCAGAAACGGCUGCGCAGAAACGGCUGCGCAGAAACGGCUGCGCAGAAACGGCUGCGCAGAAACGGCUGCGCAGAAACGGCUGCGCAGAAAAGGCUGCGCAGAAACGGCUGCACAGAAACAGCUGCGCAGAAACAGCUGCGCAGAAGCAGCUGCGCAGAAGCAGCUGCGCAGAAGCAGCUGCGCAGAAGCAGCUGCGCAGAGGCAGCUGCGCAGAAGCAGCUGCGCAGAAGCAGCUGCGCAGAAGCAGCUGCGCAGAAGCAGCUGCGCAGAAGCAGCUGCGCAGAAGCAGCUGCGCAGAAGCAGCUGCGCAGAAGCAGCUGCGCAGAGGCAGCUGCGCAGAAGCAGCUGCGCAGAAGCAGCUGCGCAGAAGCAGCUGCGCAGAAGCAGCUGCGCAGAAGCAGCUGCGCAGAAACAGCUGCGCAGAAACAGCUGCGCAGAUACAGCUGCGCAGAUACAGCUGCGCAGAAACAGCUGCGCAGAAACAGCUGCGCAGAAACAGCUGCGCAGAAACAGCUGCGCAGGAACAGCUGCGCAGGAACAGCUGCGCAGGAACAGCUGCGCAGGAACAGCUGCGCAGGAACAGCUGCGCAGGAACAGCUGCGCAGGAACAGCUGCGCAGGAACAGCUGCGCAGGAACAGCUGCGCAGGUACAGCUGCGCAGGAACAGCUGCGCAGGAACAGCUGCGCAGAAACAGCUGCGCAGGAACAGCUGCGCAGGAACAGCUGCGCAGGAACAGCUGCGCAGGAACAGCUGCGCAGGUACAACUGCGCAGGAACAGCUGCGCAGGAACAGCUGCGCAGAAACAGCUGCGCAGAAACAGCUGCGCAGAAACAGCUGCGCAGAAACAGCUGCGCAGAAACAGCUGCGCAGGAACAGCUGCGCAGAAACAGCUGCGCAGGAACAGCUGCGCAGGAACAGCUGCGCAGGAACAGCUGCGCAGGAACAGGUGCGCAGGAACAGGUGCGCAGGAACAGGUGCGGAGGAACAGGUGCGCAGGAACAGCUGCGCAGGAACAGGUGCGCAGGAACAGCUGCGCAGGAACAGCUGCGCAGGAACAGCUGCGCAGGAACAGCUGCGCAGAAACUGCUGCGCAGAAACUGCUGCGCAGAAACUGCUGCGCAGAAACAGCUGCGCAGGAACAGCUGCGCAGGAACAGCUGCGCAGAAACUGCUGCGCAGAAACUGCUGCGCAGAAACUGCUGCGCAGAAACUGCUGCGCAGAAACUGCUGCGCAGAAACAGCUGCGCAGGAACAGCUGCGCAGGAACAGCUGCGCAGGAACAGCUGCGCAGAAACAGCUGCGCAGGAACAGCUGCGCAGGAACAGCUGCGCAGGAACAGCUGCGCAGGAACAGCUGCGCAGAAACAGCUGCGCAGGAACAGCUGCGCAGAAACAGCUGCGCAGAAACUGCUGCGCAGAAACUGCUGCGCAGAAACAGCUGCGCAGAAACAGCUGCGCAGAAACAGCUGCGCAGGAACAGCUGCGCAGAAACAGCUGCGCAGGAACAGCUGCGCAGGAACAGCUGCGCAGGAACAGCUGCGCAGGAACAGGUGCGCAGGAACAGGUGCGCAGGAACAGGUGCGGAGGAACAGGUGCGCAGGAACAGCUGCGCAGGAACAGGUGCGCAGGAACAGCUGCGCAGGAACAGCUGCGCAGGAACAGCUGCGCAGGAACAGCUGCGCAGAAACUGCUGCGCAGAAACUGCUGCGCAGAAACUGCUGCGCAGAAACAGCUGCGCAGAAACAGCUGCGCAGGAACAGCUGCGCAGAAACUGCUGCGCAGAAACUGCUGCGCAGAAACUGCUGCGCAGAAACUGCUGCGCAGAAACAGCUGCGCAGGAACAGCUGCGCAGGAACAGCUGCGCAGGAACAGCUGCGCAGGAACAGCUGCGCAGGAGCAGCUGCGCAGGAACAGCUGCGCAGGAACAGCUGCGCAGAAACAGCUGCGCAGGAACAGCUGCGCAGAAACAGCUGCGCAGAAACAGCUGCGCAGGAACAGCUGCGCAGGAACAGCUGCGCAGAAACAGCUGCGCAGAAACAGCUGCGCAGAAACAGCUGCGCAGGAACAGCUGCGCAGGAACAGCUGCGCAGGAACAGCUGCGCAGAAACUGCUGCGCAGAAACUGCUGCGCAGAAACAGCUGCGCAGAAACAGCUGCGCAGGAACAGCUGCGCAGAAACAGCUGCGCAGAAACAGCUGCGCAGAAACAGCUUCGCAGAAACAGCUGCGCAGAAACAGCUGCGCAGAAACAGCUGCGCAGGAACAGCUGCGCAGAAACAGCUGCGCAGAAACAGCUGCGCAGGAACAGCUGCGCAGGAACAGCUGCGCAGGAACAGCUGCGCAGAAACAGCUGCGCAGGAACAGCUGCGCAGAAACAGCUGCGCAGGAACAGCUGCGCAGGAACAGCUGCGCAGGAACAGCUGCGCAGGAACAGCUGCGCAGAAACAGCUGCGCAGAAACAGCUGCGCAGAAACAGCUGCGCAGAAACAGCUGCGCAGGAACAGCUGCGCAGGAACAGCUGCGCAGGAACAGCUGCGCAGGAACAGCUGCGCAGGAACAGCUGCGCAGGAACAGCUGCGCAGGAACAGCUGCGCAGGUACAGCUGCGCAGGAACAGCUGCGCAGGAACAGCUGCGCAGGAACAGCUGCGCAGGUAUAGCUGCGCAGGAACAGUUGCGCAGGAGCAGCUGCGCAGGAACAGCUGCGCAGGAACAGCUGCGCAGAAACAGCUGCGCAGGAACAGCUGCGCAGAAACAGCUGCGCAGAAACAGCUGCGCAGGAACAGCUGCGCAGGAACAGCUGCGCAGGAGCAGCUGUGCAGGAACAGCUGCGCAGGAACAGCUGCGCAGGAACAGCUGCGCAGAAACAGCUGCGCAGAAACAGCUGCGCAGAAACAGCUGCGCGGGAACAGCUGCGCAGGAACAGCUGCGCAGGAACAGCUGCGCAGGAACAGCUGCGCAGGAACAGCUGCGCAGAAACUGCUGCGCAGAAACUGCUGCGCAGAAACAGCUGCGCAGGAACAGCUGCGCAGGAACAGCUGCGCAGGAACAGCUGCGCAGGAACAGCUGCGCAGGAACAGCUGCGCAGGAACAGCUGCGCAGGAACAGCUGCGCUGGAACAGCUGCGCAGAAACAGCUGCGCAGGAACAGCUGCGCAGAAACAGCUGCGCAGGAACAGCUGCGCAGAAACAACUGCGCAGAAACAACUGCGCAGAAACAGCUGCGCAGAAACAGCUGCGCAGAAACAGCUGCGCAGAAACAGCUUCGCAGAAACAGCUGCGCAGAAACAGCUGCGCAGAAACAGCUGCGCAGGAACAGCUGCGCAGAAACAGCUGCGCAGAAACAGCUGCGCAGAAACAGCUGCGCAGAAACAGCUGCGCAGAAACAGCUGCGCAGAAACAGCUGCGCAGAAACAGCUGCGCAGGAACAGCUGCGCAGAAACAGCUGCGCAGGAGCAGCUGCGCAUGAACAGCUGCGCAGGAACAGCUGCGCAGGAACAGCUGCGCAGGAACAGCUGCGCAGGAACAGGUGCGCAGGAACAGGUGCGCAGGAACAGGUGCGGAGGAACAGGUGCGCAGGAACAGCUGCGCAGGAACAGGUGCGCAGGAGCAGGUGCGCAGGAACAGCUGCGCAGGAACAGCUGCGCAGGAACAGCUGCGCAGGAACAGGUGCGCAGGAACAGGUGCGCAGGAACAGGUGCGCAGGAACAGGUGCGCAGAAACAGCUGCGCAGAAACAGCUGCGCAGAAACAGCUGCGCAGAAACAGCUGCGCAGAAACAGCUGCGCAGAAACAGCUGCGCAGAAACAGCUGCGCAGAAACAGCUCCGCAGAAACAGCUGCGCAGAGACAGCUGCGCAGAGACAGCUGCGCAGAGACAUCUGCGCAGUUACAGCUGUGCAUAAACAGCUGCGCAGAAACAGCUGCGCAGAAACAGCUGCGCAGAAACAGCUGCGCAGAAACAGCUGCGCAGAAACAGCUGCGCAGAAACAGCUGCGCAGAAACAGCUGCGCAGAAACAGCUGCGCAGAAACAGAUGCGAAGAAACAGCUGCGCAGAAACAGCGGCGCAGAAACAGCGGCGCAGAAACAGCGGCGCAGAAACAGCUGCGCAGGAACAGCUGCGCAGGAACAGCUGCGCAGAAACAGCUGCGCAGAAACAGCUGCGCAGGAACAGCUGCGCAGAAACAGCUGCGCAGAAACAGCUGCGCAGAAACAGCUGCGCAGGAACAGCUGCGCAGGAACAGCUGCGCAGAAACAGCUGCGCAGAAACAGCUGCGCAGAAACAGCUGCGCAGAAACAGCUGCGCAGAAACAGCUGCGCAGGAACAGCUACGCAGAAACAGCUGCGCAGAAACAGCUGCGCAGAAACAGCUGCGCAGAAACAGCUGCGCAGAAACAGCUGCGCAGAAACAGCUGCGCAGAAACAGCUGCGCAGAAACAGCUGCGCAGAGACAGCUGCGCAGAAACAGCUGCGAAGAAACAGGUUCGCAGAAACAGCUGCGCAGAAACAGCUGCGCAGAAAAAGCUGCGCAGAAACAGCUGCGCAGAAACAGCUGCGCAGAAACAGCUGCGCAGAAACAGCUGCGCAGAAACAGCUGCGCAGAAACAGCUGCGCAGAAACAGCGGCGCAGAAACAGCGGCGCAGAAACACUCUAUAGCCUCCGGUUACAGGAGCGUACCUCCAUGUUCAAUGUUUUUUGGGCAGUUGAACAUAAGCGGCUGCGCGGAAGCGGCUGCGCGGAAACGGCUGCGCGGAAACGGCUGCGCGGAAACGGCUGCGCGGAAACGGCUGCGCGAGAACAGCUGCGCGAGAAUAGGUGCGCGGGAACAGCUGCGCAGGAACAGCUGCGCAGGAACAGCUGCGCAGGAACAGCUGCGCAAAAACAGGUGCGCAGGAACAGCUGCGCAGGAACAGCUGCGCAGGAACAGCUGCGCAGAAACAGCUGCGCAGAAACAGCUGCGCAGAAACAGCUGCGCAGAAACAGCUUCGCAGAAACAGCUGCGCAGGAACAGCUGCGCAGAAACAGCUGCGCAGAAACAGCUGCGCAGGAACAGCUGCGCAGAAAAAGCUGCGCAGAAACAGCUGCGCAUAACAGCUGCGCAGGAACAGCUGCGCAGAAACAGCUGCGCAGAAACAGCUGCGCAGGAACAGCUGCGCAGAAACAGCUGCGCAGAAGCAGCUGCCUGCGCAGAAACAGCUGCGCAGAAACAGCUGCGCAGAAACAGCUGCGCAGGAACAGCUGCGCAGGAACAGCUGCGCAGGAACAGCUGCGCAGGAACAGCUGCGCAGGAACAGCUGCGCAGGAACAGCUGCGCAGGAACAGCUGCGCAGGAACAGCUGCGCAGGAACAGCUGCGCAGGAACAGCUGCACAGAAACAGCUGCGCAGAAACAGCUGCGCAGGAACAGCUGCGCAGGAACAGCUGCGCAGGAACAGCUGCGCAGGAACAGCUGCGCAUGAACAGCUGCGCAGGAACAGCUGCGCAGGAACAGCUGCGCAGGAACAGCUGCGCAGGUACAGCUGCGCAGGAACAGCUGCGCAGGAACAGCUGCGCAGGAACAGCUGCGCAGGAACAGCUGCGCAGGUACAGCUGCGCAGGAACAGCUGCGCAGGAACAGCUGCGCAGGAACAGCUGCGCAGAAACAGCUGCGCAGAAACAGCUGCGCAGAAACAGCUGCGCAGAAACAGCUGCGCAGGAACAGCUGCGCAGGAACAGCUGCGCAGGAACAGCUGCGCAGGAACAGCUGCGCAGGAACAGCUGCGCAGGAACAGCUGCGCAGAAACAGCUGCGCAGAAACAGCUGCGCAGGAACAGCUGCGCAGAAACAGCUGCGCAGAAACAGCUGCGCAGAAACAGCUGCGCAGGAACAGCUGCGCAGGAACAGCUGCGCAGGAACAGCUGCGCAGGAACAGCUGCGCAGAAACUGCUGCGCAGAAACUGCUGCGCAGAAACAGCUGCGCAGAAACAGCUGCGAAGGAACAGCUGCGCAGAAACAGCUGCGCAGAAACAGCUGCGCAGAAACAGCUGCGCAGAAACAGCUGCGCAGAAACAGCUGCGCAGGAACAGCUGCGCUGAAACAGCUGCGCAGAAACAGCUGCGCAGAAACAGCUGCGCAGGAACAGCUGCGCAGGAACAGCUGCGCAGGAACAGCUGCGCAGGAACAGCUGCGCAGGAACAGCUGCGCAGAAACAGCUGCACAGGAACAGCUGCGCAGGAACAGCUGCGCAGGAACAGCUGCGCAGGAACAGCUGCGCAGGAACAGCUGCGCAGAAACUGCUGCGCAGAAACUGCUGCGCAGAAACUGCUGCGCAGAAACAGCUGCGCAGAAACAGCUGCGCAGGAACAGCUGCGCAGGAACAGCUGCGCAGGAACAGCUGCGCAGGAACAGCUGCGCAGGAACAGCUGCGCAGGAACAGCUGCGCAGGAACAGCUGCGCAGGAACAGCUGCGCAGAAACAGCUGCGCAGGAACAGCUGCGCAGGAACAGCUGCGCAGAAACAACUGCGCAGAAACAACUGCGCAGAAACAGCUGCGCAGAAACAGCUGCGCAGAAACAGCUUCGCAGAAACAGCUGCGCAGAAACAGCUGCGCAGAAACAGCUGCGCAGGAACAGCUGCGCAGGAACAGCUGCGCAGAAACAGCUGCGCAGAAACAGCUGCGCAGGAACAGCUGCGCAGAAACAGCUGCGCAGAAACAGCUGCGCAGGAACAGCUGCGCAGAAACAGCUGCGCAGAAACAGCUGCGCAGAAACAGCUGCGCAGAAACAGCUGCGCAGAAACAGCUGCGCAGAAACAGCUGCGCAGAAACAGCUGCGCAGGAACAGCUGCGCAGAAACAGCUGCGCAGGAGCAGCUGCGCAGGAACAGCUGCGCAGGAACAGCUGCGCAGGAACAGCUGCGCAGGAACAGCUGCGCAGGAACAGCUGCGCAGGAACAGGUGCGCAGGAACAGGUGCGCAGGAACAGGUGCGGAGGAACAGGUGCGCAGGAACAGCUGCGCAGGAACAGGUGCGCAGGAACAGCUGCGCAGGAACAGCUGCGCAGGAACAGCUGCGCAGGAACAGCUGCGCAGGAACAGGUGCGCAGGAACAGGUGCGCAGGAACAGGUGCGCAGGAACAGCUGCGCAGAAACAGCUACGCAGAAACAGCUGCGCAGAAACAGCUGCGCAGAAACAGCUGCGCAGAAACAGCUGCGCAGAAACAGCUGCGCAGAAACAGCUGCGCAGAAACAGCUGCGCAGAAACAGCUGCGCAGAAACAGCUCCGCAGAAACAGCUGCGCAGAGACAGCUGCGCAGAGACAGCUGCGCAGAGACAUCUGCGCAGUUACAGCUGCGCAGAAACAGCUGCGCAGAAACAGCUGCGCAGAGACAGCUGCGCAGAAACAGCUGCGCAGAAACAGCUGCGCAGAAACAGCUGCGCAGAAACAGCUGCGCAGAAACAGCUGCGCAGAAACAGCUGCGCAGAAACAGAUGCGAAGAAACAGCUGCGCAGAAACAGCUGCGCAGAAACAGCUGCGCAGAAACAGCGGCGCAGAAACAGCGGCGCAGAAACAGCUGCGCAGGAACAGCUGCGCAGGAACAGCUGCGCAGAAACAGCUGCGCAGAAACAGCUGCGCAGGAACAGCUGCGCAGAAACAGCUGCGCAGAAACAGCUGCGCAGAAACAGCUACGCAGGAACAGCUGCGCAGGAACAGCUGCGCAGGAACAGCUGCGCAGAAACAGCUGCGCAGAAACAGCUGCGCAGAAACAGCUGCGCAGAAACAGCUUCGCAGAAACAGCUGCGCAGGAACAGCUACGCAGAAACAGCUGCGCAGAAACAGCUGCGCAGAAACAGCUGCGCAGAAACAGCUGCGCAGAAACAGCUGCGCAGAAACAGCUGCGCAGAGACAGCUGCGCAGAGACAGCUGCGCAGAAACAGCUGCGAAGAAACAGCUGCGCAGAAACAGCUGCGCAGAAACAGCUGCGCAGAAAAAGCUGCGCAGAAACAGCUGCGCAGAAACAGCUGCGCAGAAACAGCUGCGCAGAAACAGCUGCGCAGAAACAGCUGCGCAGAAACAGCUGCGCAGAAACAGCGGCGCAGAAACAGCGGCGCAGAAACACUCUAUAGCCUCCGGUUACAGGAGCUGAAGUCUCAUCAGAAAAUCAGAAACAGCUGCGCGGAGACGGCUGCGCAGAAGCGGCUGCGCGGAAGCGGCUGCGCGGAAACGGCUGCGCGGAAACGGCUGCGCGGAAACGGCUGCGCGAGAACAGCUGCGCGAGAACAGGUGCGCGGGAACAGCUGCGCGGGAACAGCUGCGCAGGAACAGCUGCGCAGGAACAGCUGCGCAGGAACAGCUGCGCAGGAACAGGUGCGCAAAAACAGGUGCGCAGGAACAGGUGCGCAGGAACAGCUGCGCAGGAACAGCUGCGCAGGAACAGCUGCGCAGGAACAGCUGCGCAGGAACAGCUGCGCAGAAACAGCUGCGCAGGAACAGCUGUGCAGGAACAGCUGCGCAGAAACAGCUGCGCAGAAACAGCUGCGCAGAAACAGCUGCGCAGAAACAGCUUCGCAGAAACAGCUGCGCUGGAACAGCUGCGCAGAAACGGCUGCGCAGAAACGGCUGCGCAGAAACGGCUGCGCAGAAACGGCUGCGCAGAAACGGCUGCGCAGAAACGGCUGCGCAGAAAAGGCUGCGCAGAAACGGCUGCGCAGAAACGGCUGCGCAGAAACGGCUGCGCAGAAGCGGCUGCGCAGAAGCAGCUGCGCAGAAACAGCUGCGCAGAAGCAGCUGCGCAGAAGCAGCUGCGCAGAAGCAGCUGCGCAGAAGCAGCUGCGCAGAAGCAGCUGCGCAGAAGCAGCUGCGCAGAAGCAGCUGCGCAGAAACAGCUGCGCGGAAACAGCUGCGCGGAUACAGCUGCGCAGAUACAGCUGCGCAGAAACAGCUGCGCAGAAACAGCUGCGCAGAAACAGCUGCGCAGAAACAGCUGCGCAGAAACAGCUGCGCAGGAACAGCUGCGCAGGAACAGCUGCGCAGGAACAGCUGCGCAGGAACAGCUGCGCAGGAACAGCUGCGCAGGAACAGCUGCGCAGGAACAGCUGCGCAGGAACAGCUGCGCAGGUACAGCUGCGCAGGAACAGCUGCGCAGAAACAGCUGCGCAGGAACAGCUGCGCAGGAACAGCUGCGCAGGAACAGCUGCGCAGGAACAGCUGCGCAGGUACAGCUGCGCAGGAACAGCUGCGCAGGAACAGCUGCGCAGGAACAGCUGCGCAGAAACAGCUGCGCAGGAACAGCUGCGCAGAAACAGCUGCGCAGGAACAGCUGCGCAGAAACAGCUGCGCAGGAACAGCAGCGCAGGAACAGCUGCGCAGGAACAGCUGCGCAGGAACAGCUGCGCAGAAACAGCUGCGCAGAAACAGCUGCGCAGGAACAGCUGCGCAGAAACAGCUGCGCAGAAACAGCUGCGCAGGAACAGCUGCGCAGGAACAGCUGCGCAGGAACAGCUGCGCAGGAACAGCUGCGCAGAAACAGCUGCGCAGGAACAGCUGCGCAGAAACAGCUGCGCAGAAACAGCUGCGCAGAAACAGCUGCACAGAAACAGCUUCGCAGAAACAGCUGCGCAGGAACAGCUGCGCAGAAACAGCUGCGCAGAAACAGCUGCGCAGGAACAGCUGCGCAGAAAAAGCUGCGCAGAAACAGCUGCGCAGAAACAGCUGCGCAGGAACAGCUGCGCAGAAACAGCUGCGCAGAAACAGCUGCGCAGGAACAGCUGCGCAGAAACAGAUGCGCAGAAACAGCUGCGCAGAAACAGCUGCGCAGAAACAGCUGCGCAGAAACAGCUGCGCAGAAACAGCUGCGCAGGAACAGCUGCGCAGAAACAGCUGCGCAGGAGCAGCUGCGCAGGAACAGCUGCGCAGGAACAGCUGCGUAGGAACAGCUGCGCAGGAACAGCUGCGCAGGAACAGGUGCGCAGGAACAGCUGCGCAGGAACAGGUGCGGAGGAACAGGUGCGCAGGAACAGCUGCGCAGGAACAGGUGCGCAGGAGCAGGUGCGCAGGAACAGCUGCGCAGGAACAGCUGCGCAGGAACAGCUGCGCAGGAACAGGUGCGCAGGAACAGGUGCGCAGGAACAGCUGCGCAGAAACAGCUGCGCAGAAACAGCUGCGCAGAAACAGCUGCGCAGGAACAGCUGCGCAGAAACAGCUGCGCAGAAACAGCUGCGCAGAAACAGCUGCGCAGAAACAGCUGCGCAGAAACAGCUGCGCAGAAACAGCUGCGCAGAAACAGCUGCGCAGAGACAGCUGCGCAGAGACAGCUGCACAGAGACAGCUGCGCAGAAACAGCUGCGCAGAUACAGCUGCGCAGAAACAGCUGCGCAGAAACAGCUGCGCAGAAACAGCUGCGCAGAAACAGCUGCGCAGAAACAGCUGCGCAGAAACAGCUGCGCAGAAACAGCUGCGCAGAAACAGAUGCGCAGAAACAGCUGCGCAGAAACAGCUGCACAGAAACAGCUGCGCAGAAACAGCUGCGCAGAAACAGCUGCGCAGAAACAGCUGCGCAGAAACAGCUGCGCAGAAACAGCUGCGCAGAAACAUCUGCGCAGAAACAGCUGCGCAGAAACAGAUGCGCAGAAACAGCUGCGCAGAAACAGCUGCGCAGAAACAGCGGCGCAGAAACAGCGGCGCAGAAACACUCUAUAG